AUGGCCUCGGUCGCCGCUUGGCUGCCCUUCGCCCGGGCGGCGGCCAUCGGCUGGGUGCCCAUCGCCACCCACCCGCUUCCCCCGGCGCCCAUCCCCAAGGACCGCAGGAAGGCGGACGACGAGAAGUUACUGAUAAACGUGUCGGGUCGUCGCUUCGAGACCUGGCGCAACACGCUUGAGAAGUACCCGGACACCCUUCUUGGAUCCAACGAACGCGAGUUCUUUUAUGACGAGGAGUGUAAAGAAUACUUUUUUGAUAGGGACCCCGAUAUCUUUCGUCACAUUCUCAACUAUUACCGUACGGGUAAACUUCACUAUCCUAAACACGAAUGUCUGACGAGUUAUGACGAAGAGCUGGCAUUCUUCGGUAUCUUGCCUGAUGUUAUUGGUGACUGUUGCUAUGAAGAUUAUCGCGACCGCAAACGGGAGAAUGCCGAACGUCUUAUGGACGAUAAACUGUCUGAAAACGGUGACCAAAACUUGCAACAACUUACCAACAUUCGACAAAAGAUGUGGCGUGCCUUUGAAAAUCCACACACGUCAACGGCGGCAUUGGUAUUCUAUUACGUUACGGGCUUCUUCAUAGCUGUGUCAGUGAUGGCCAACGUGGUAGAGACUGUUCCAUGUGGGCUACGACCGGGUCGAGCCGGUACACUCCCUUGCGGGGAGCGGUAUAAAAUAGUCUUCUUCUGCUUAGACACAGCCUGCGUGAUGAUCUUCACAGCGGAAUAUUUGCUGCGACUGUUUGCUGCACCUGACCGUUGCAAAUUCGUUCGCAGUGUAAUGAGUAUCAUCGACGUGGUCGCCAUUUUGCCCUACUACAUUGGGCUGGGGAUUACUGACAACGACGACGUCUCCGGCGCCUUCGUCACGCUCCGAGUGUUUCGCGUUUUUCGCAUCUUCAAGUUUUCGCGACACUCGCAGGGACUGCGCAUUCUCGGCUACACGCUCAAGUCGUGUGCCUCCGAGCUUGGCUUCCUCGUGUUUUCGCUCGCGAUGGCCAUCAUCAUCUUCGCUACCGUCAUGUUCUACGCCGAGAAGAAUGUGGAAGGCACUAAUUUCACUUCCAUUCCCGCCGCCUUCUGGUAUACCAUCGUAACAAUGACGACUUUAGGGUGA